CCGGCCCAGUCGACCGCGAGUGUCAAUCCGGAAACCACACAUAAACUCACCCCAGCACGGAGGCAUGAAGUCUGUCAACAGAUGGCUGUAUGGCCCCACCCCGGAAGAGAAAGUACGCUCAUGGCAGACCAAGCUGCGACAACAAGAGAGACAACUUGACAAAGAGAUCCGUAACCUCGAGACUGCUACCCAGAGAUCAAGAAUAGAGCUGAAGCAACUGGCGAAAAAGAACGACGUGAAAUCAGCAAAGAUCUUGGCAAGAGAGGUCGUCAGAGCGAACAAACAGAGGGAUAGGCUGGAAAGUUCAAAGGCAAGGAUUAAGAGUGUGAAUAUGCAACUCCAACAUCAACUCUCUAUGGUCAAAGUUACAGGAGCAUUCCAAAAGAGUACUGAAAUCAUGAAAACUACAAAUGCCUUAGUCAAGCUCCCCCAACUGAGCGCUACUAUGCGUGAAAUGAGCAUGGAGAUGAUGAAGAGCGGAAUCAUGGAAGAGAUGAUGGAAGAAACCCUUGACUCUGUAGAUGACGAAGAGAUAGAAGAGGAGGCAGAUGCGGAAGUUGACAAGGUGUUAUAUGAGCUCACUGACGGCAAGUUGGGUCAAGCGGGGGCCGUGGGGGCUGCCUUACCUGCCGAGGAGGAAGAGGAGAACGAGGAGGAGAUGCAGCGCAUGAGAAAAGAAAUGCAGGAGCUGUUGAGUUCAUGAUGAUCGCGGUUGAUGUUGGUGACGUUUAUAUGAAGAAGAGGACUAGUUGUUAUGCCCAUAAUAUCCAAUGUCCGUUAGAUAUUCCAUGUAUUACCAGGGACAACAUAGCCACCGACUCUUUCCAUGGCUCCGCU